AUGCCGACUACUACUGUCAAGACAACGUCCACUACUGCUUUGAAAACAACAGUCAGCUCUUUGUCAUCAUCCCCUAGCUUGGCGUCGAUACCAGGUUCAACAACACUAACUUCAUCCACCAGGGCUGCCGCAUCGACAACACUAACUUCAUCCACCAAGGCUGCCGCAUCGACAACACUAACUUCAUCCACCAAGGCUGCCGCAUCGACAACACUAACUUCAUCCACCAAGGCUGCCGCAUCGACAACACUAACUUCAUCCACCAGGGCUGCCGCAUCGACAACAAUAACUUCAUUCAGCACCGCUAGUCGCGCCGCAUCAAUCUCAACGGUCGUUGGCUGCUAUGCUGAUUUCUAUCCCAAUCCACGAGCAAUGUCCGAUGCUUCAACUACUUCAGCUUCUAACACUCCUUCAACAUGUGCUACAUACUGUACCUCUCUGCGCUUUCCAUACUCCGGAACUGAGUAUGCUGAUGAAUGUUACUGCUCAACAACAGCACCCACAACCGUAUCAACUGCCUGUACAAUGGCUUGUGCAGGUGAUUCAAGCAAAAUUUGCGGAGGACCAAACGCUAUUUCUGUCAUCUAUACCACCAUUCCAAUUCUGCCAGCUACAAACAGUACGAAACGUGGUCUAUGUUGGCCAUGGAAUAAUCCUGCAUCGUCAUUUGCAUUCUUUUCACCCAGUGCUAUACCAUGGCUGUAUAAUUGGGAGCUGUGGGAUCCACGAGCAAAGGGCACUUAUUCAAUAGCUGAAUACGUACCAAUGUGUAGAACACAAGCAGAGGCAUUUAAAGUUCCAGCAUAUUUCUCAAGUUGUUAUGCUACACAUCUUCUAGGGUUCAAUGAACCAGAUUUACCCGCAGCUAAUGGAGGCGAUUAUCUUUCACCUUACAAUGCAUCCGUCCUCUGGAAACAGUACAUUCAGCCUGUGAAAACAUCGUGUGGAACGGUAUUGGGAGCACCGGCUGUUACGAAUGGAGUUGAGUCCGGGUGGGGAACUGAUUGGCUUCAACAGUUUUUCAGUAACUGUACGUCUCCUUCCUGUUCAUUUGAUUUUAUUCCACUUCAUUGGUACGGUACAUCACUAUUGGACUUUGAAACGUACGUUACACAAUUCCAUUCACUGUUCGUAACUCAUCCCUUAUGGAUUACUGAAUGGCAAUUUACUGAUGUUACAAGUACAGCAACAGCCAAUCUUGAAAAACAAGCCUUACAAUGGCUUGAUGCACAGAGUUAUGUGGUGAGGUAUGCAAUGUUUGGACCAAUGAAUUCUACAAAUAUGGCUGGUAUUACAAAUGGUGCAAUGGUUACGGAUGAUCUUAGUGGACUUACGAAUGUUGGUAAGAUUUAUGCUGGACUAAUGUAG